UAAUCACACGCGCUUUCAUAAGAAGUGCCUGGUGUCUAGUUUUUUGAGCGGACGUGCUCACUGCCUUGGAACAUUCUCCUCACUGUGCAUGGAUGUGUGUGUGCGAGUGUAUGUUUGUGUGUGUAUGUGCGGACCGUGUGUGUGUGUGAGAGAGUGAGUGUGUAUGUGUGUGUGUGUAAGCAGCCUCCUCUCGUGUUGAUGACGACUGACUGCCACCGAGUCUGACGGUGAACAAACGGGAUUUUUGUUUUGUUUUGUUUUUAAAAAAAAAAACAAAACACGGCGAUACUUUUGAAGAAAACAUCCGGUGACCUGUCCUGUCCGAGCCACCACCGGGUCGGUCCGAAACGAUGAGCCAGCCUCGGCCGGACGAGUUCAAGCCUCCUCCGGAGUGCCCGGUCUUCGAGCCCAGCUGGGAAGAAUUUAGAGAUCCAUAUGCUUUCAUCAAUAAGAUCCGUCCAAUCGCCGAGAAAACUGGCAUUUGCAAAGUCCGGCCGCCUCCGGGUUGGCAGCCUCCGUUUGCUUGCGAUGUCGACAAACUUCACUUUGUUCCUCGGAUCCAGAGGCUCAAUGAGCUGGAGGCACAGACCAGAGUCAAGCUCAACUUCUUGGACCAGAUUGCCAAAUUCUGGGAUUUGCAGGGAUGUCCCCUGAAGAUUCCUCAUGUGGAGCGGAAGAUUUUGGAUCUGUAUAAGCUAAAUAAGCUGGUAGCAGAUGACGGUGGAUUUGACUACGUCUGUCGGGACAGGAGAUGGACCAAGAUUGCACUACAAAUGGGCUUCGCCCCUGGCAAAGCUGUCGGCUCACACCUGCGAGGGCAUUAUGAGAAAAUCCUUUAUCCCUACAAUCUCUUUCAGAGUGGAGCAAACCUGCUGGCACCAGAGGCAGCUUCCAAACUGAUGGGUUUGGAGGCUGAUCCUGAACUUGAAAAGUGCAUUCAGAAGCCAGUCCAGCCAUUGGAGAAUCCAGUCAGUAUGGAGAGCGUUGACACCAAGGAGGUCAAACUGCAGGACCAGGCUCAGCGGCAGGCUGUCCAGACGCCGGACAAUUGCCCCACUGCUCGCAGAGCCAAGCGCAUGAAGUGUGAGGCCGCCUGUGUGAAGACUGAGCCAGGUGAGCCCGGCGAGGCCAAGCCGAACCUGAGGCGGAGGAUGGGCUCUUUUGUCGCCAAGCAUGAAUCAGAUAAGCAAGAGAUUCCCAUUCCAGUGAAACAGGAACCUGUUGAAUUUAAAGAACCAAUAAUUGAAGCUGACAAAUCCAAGUCACGGUACAAGAAAUUCAUCCCUCCAGUUCCUCCGAGUCCGGUGGAUCUGGUCGUGUGUCUGGUGUGUAACAGUGGGGGAGAGGAAGACCGUCUGUUGCUGUGUGACGGCUGUGACGACAGCUACCACACCUUCUGCCUGAUCCCUCCUCUGCACGACGUUCCCAAAGGAGACUGGAGGUGCCCCAAGUGUCUGGCUCAGGAAUGCAACAAACCUCACGAGGCAUUCGGCUUUGAACAAGCGUACAGGGAUUAUUCUCUGCGUGCAUUUGGGCAAAUGGCUGAUGCAUUCAAAUCAGAUUACUUCAACAUGCCAGUUCAUAUGGUACCCACAGAGCUGGUGGAGAAAGAAUUCUGGCGUUUGGUGGGAGCCAUUGAAGAGGAUGUCACCGUAGAAUACGGAGCAGAUAUCGCCUCAAAGGAAUUUGGGAGUGGAUUCCCCAUUCCCAAUGGAAAAUUUAAGGUUUCCCCUGCUGAUGAGAAAUACCUCAAGUGUGGCUGGAACCUGAACAACCUGGCGAUGAUGAAACCGUCUGUACUGACUCAUGUGACGGCUGACAUUUGUGGGAUGACGCUGCCGUGGCUCUAUGUCGGCAUGUGUUUCUCCUCCUUCUGCUGGCACAUUGAGGAUCACUGGAGCUACUCCAUCAACUACCUGCACUGGGGGGAACCAAAAACCUGGUAUGGAGCUCCUGGAUUUGCUGCAGAACAGUUGGAGGAGGUGAUGAGGAAACUGGCCCCAGAGCUGUUUGAGUCUCAGCCGGACCUGCUGCACCAGCUGGUCACCAUCAUGAACCCCAACACCCUGAUGGCCUACGGAGUCCCUAUUUACCGAACGAACCAGUGUGCUGGCGAGUUUGUCAUCACGUUUCCAAGAGCCUACCACAGCGGCUUCAAUCAGGGCUUCAACUUCGCUGAGGCAGUGAACUUCUGCACUGUGGACUGGAUGCCUCUUGGCAGGCAGUGCAUUGACCACUACCGCAUGCUGCACCGGUACAAUGUGUUCUCCCACGAUGAGAUGGUGUGCAACAUGGCCUCGAAAGCAGACACACUCGAUGUGGUCCUGGCCUCGGCUGUCCACAAGGACAUGGUUGCCAUGAUCCAAGAGGAACAGACGUUGAGAGACAAAGUGAAGAAGAUGGGGGUGUUACACUGCAAGGAGGCAAAAUACGAUCACCUCCAAGAUGACGAGCGGCAGUGUGCCAAGUGCAGAACCACCUGCUACCUGUCUGCCAUCACCUGUCCCUGCAGCCCAGGAGUACUUGUCUGUCUGCAUCACAUCAGUGACCUCUGCUCCUGUCCUGUCGACAACUACACACUGAAUUACAGAUACACACUGGACCACCUGUUCCCCAUGAUGAACGCUGUGAAGGAGAGAGCUGAACUGUACGAUGAUUGGGCCUCCCUCGUGACACAGACUCUAGAGGCCAAACUGGAAAAGAAGAAAGGCCUGCCAGUGUUUCGCUCCCUUCUUUCUGAAUCCGAGACCAGGCUGUUCCCCGACAACGACCUGCUGCGUCGGCUACGUCUGGUCACACAAGAUGCAGAGAAGUGCUCCUCAGUGGCACAGCAGCUAUUAAAUGGCAAAAGGCAGACCAGGUAUCGGUGUGGUAAUGGGAAAUCAUGCAGCCAGCUGACUGUGGAGGAGUUGAGUUCAUUUGUGAGGCAGCUGUAUAACCUCCCCUGCAGUCUCCCUCAAGCCCCUAUGUUGAAGGAGCUCUUGAAUCGCAUCGAAGACUUCCAGCAGCACAGCGAGAAGGUCCUGGCAGACGAAGUUCCCAGCGUCGCCGAGAUCCAGAGCCUGUUAGACGUGAGCUUCGACUUUGACGUGGAGCUGCCCGAGCUGCCCCGUCUGAGAGUGAGGCUGGAGCAGGCGCGCUGGCUGGAGGGAGUUCAGCAGGCCAGCGCUCAGCCUGCCUCACUGACUCUGGAGACCAUGAGGAGGCUCAUUGACCAGGGAGUGGGCCUGGUGCCUCAUCCGUCCGUGGAAAAAGCCAUGGCGCGCCUGCAGGAGCUGCUCACUGUGUCCGAGCACUGGGAGGACAAAGCGAGCAGCCUCCUUAAAGCCAGACCUCCACACUCCAUAGAGACUCUCAGUGCUGCUGCUGAGAAGGCAUCUGGCAUCCCCGCUUACCUCCCCAACUGUCUUCUCCUGAAAGACACUAUCAGAAAAGCCAGAGAGUGGCUUCAAGAAGCUGAGGAGCUUCAGGCCAGUGGUGGCGAACCGAUGAUUAACAGCCUGUCUGACAUGGUGCUGCGAGGACAAGCCAUCCAAGUCCACCUGGAGCCUUUAGACAGGCUGGAGACUUUGAUGGUAGAAGUGCAAGAAUGGAAAGAAUCUGCAGCUACAACUUUCCUCCAGAAAGACUCAACCCUUUCCUUACUGGAGGUCCUGUGUCCAAGAUGUGAAGUUGGAAAUGUAGGCUCUCCGAAGAGGAAGGCCAAGAAAGGGAAAGAAUCCCCUAAAAGUAACAAAAAGAAGACACCAAGGCUUAACACACUCGGUGAUGUGGAAAAAGCGCUUUCAGAGACUAAGGAUUCUACCUCUGCAAUGGCGACUCUGGAGGAGCUGCGGAUGAGGGAGAUGGAGGCUUUCACUAACUUCAGGGCAGCAAAUGAGUCAAAGCUCCUUCCCACAGCCGACUGCAUGGACCUGAGGGUGUGCGUCUGUCAGAAGGCGCCCAUGGGUGCGAUGCUACAGUGUGAACUCUGCAGGGACGCCUUCCACAGUGUUUGUGUCAGAGACCCGUUGGACUCGUGCGAAACACAGCCGUGGCUCUGUCCACAGUGCCAGCGAUCAGAAAAGCCCCCGUUAAACAAAGUCCUCUCUCUCCUGGAGUCUCUGCAGCACAUAGGGGUGCGCUUGCCAGAGGGCGAUGCUCUGCACUAUCUGGUUGAGAGGACACUUAACUGGCAGCAGCGAGCACAGGAGAUCUCACAGUCUUGUAACCUACCUGAGCUGGAAGAGAGACCAGGAACUCCUCCCACCCUCACACGCUGGGCGUCCAGCAGCAGUGACACUCAGAACAACACUCAGGCUCCAUGUUUGACUCCAGAGUGGAAUAGGACAAGCCAUGCUCAGACCGUCUUCUACACAGAGCAGAGAUGCAUCCCACUGCAGGGCCUGAGUCAGGAUCUGGAGGAGCUGAUGGUGGAGGGGCUCCUGCUGCAGAUGUCUCUGCCGGAGGUCCAGUGCCUCUACCACGUGUUACUGGACAGAGCCAGCAGCCAGGAAACAGACAGGUGCAUGUCGCCAACAGAGGACGAGUCCACAGACUGUGACAAACACAUGCAGUUCAACUCUCAGGGAAACAAUCUGCAGCUGAACCAGGAUGGCGUCAAUGGUGUGAGGGAAACUGUGAUUGGCUCAGAAAAGAAAACAAAGCGUCACAUGGAAAAAGAAGGUUUAGAAGCAGAGCGCAGAGUGAAGGACAAAAAGCACUCCCACAAAAGACAGAAGAUGAAUCAGAAGAACCUGCAGCGCAGGACCUCCAGCUCCCCUCGCUCAGAUUUCUCUCAGUCUGACGACUCUGAUGAGGAAAUGGCCGUGUGUCCAGCAGAGAGGUGUCAGCUACCUGAAGGAGAUGAGGUGGAUUGGGUCCAGUGUGACGGCAGCUGUAACCAGUGGUUCCACCAAGUCUGCGUCGGCGUUACGGCCGAGAUGGCGGAGAAGGAGGACUACAUUUGUGUCAGGUGUACACUGAACGAUGGACACAUGAGAAAAUGAAGAGAAAGAUUUUGUUUUUCCUGAAGAAUGGCUGAAGAAUCGUCAGUCCGUUUGUUGGAGCCACCAGUCUGGAUGUGUCACUGAUCCUGUCCCCCCCUUCACCCCCCCCUCCCGUCUGUCCGACCCUUUUGUAACAACGGUGCUAUCUCCUCUUUGACUUGUUGUCCAGAACUAUAAUGUUUAGUUAUUUUUUUGUAUUUUUACAUAUAUAUAUUAUAUAUAUAUUUCUUUCUUCUUUUAAUGAAUUGUUUGUGGUUGUCAAAAUUGAAGAAAAAAACAAACAAAACAAAAAAAAAACACAGGAUGUAAAGUGUGCUGCAUGGGAUUCCAUUACAUCGGCAAAAGGGAGUCUUACAACAUGAGGCGCCCAGUACGGAGGGUUAAUCGAGGGUUAAUAUUAUCUUCUCUGGGACCUCCUUGCAUGUUAAAACCAGAGCGACAGAAGUUUUUCAUCCACUAUCCCACGCCCCAAAAAAUGACUCUUACAAUUCUUUGAAAUUCAGUGUUUAGUACAUGCAUCUUAAUAUAAUUAUUCCCCCCCCCCCUUUUUUUUUGUAGAAUAGGUUUAUUUAUCUGAGCAAUAAUGUUUGUCUGACUUGACCUAAAUGGCUUGAUCUCGGCUGAGUUGUGUUGGUGCUUUAGCAGUGGUUUGAUGUACAGAGAGCUACGCAGAUUGGUGGAUUACAGCUGUGGAGUGGCGAUGCAGCGGGACACUGCUGACGUGAAACAUCACAGGGUGUAACCCGGCAGAGAGGAAGGACUCGGGGUAGCUGAAGAUGUUACAAGUUUAUAUUGUGGAAUAAAGCCCUUUUGUUCUAUGAA